UAACAUACGAUACACACUGCUAUAUUUACUUUCAUUUUAAUAAAUUUACAACAAUUUUAAUUUCAUACUGAUGUAUGAUUAAUUUAUUUUUCUUAAAAGUCCAACAGGAUUUAACAGCCUUAAAUUUUUUUUUGUAAAAAAAAUAAAUAAACCACAAGCAUCUAAUUAUAGAAAAGUGUUUCCAGGAAGUAAAUAAUAAAUAGGACGCAAGUAAUUUGGGCAUAGGCCCAACUAAACCAGCGUGUUUAAAUUUGUGUCACAUAUUUCAAGAUUUCCACACAAAAAAAGUCAUAAAAUGGCGGCAUGUGAGGGGGUGAAGCUACAAUUCCUGCUCACGACUGCUAUCGUCGUGUUCGGCUCUAUGAUACUCACAGUCGGCAUCACCACCUCUGAGUGGACCGUUUAUAACGGCACCAUAAUCUACGGCCUGUGGAGGUUCUGUAACGACGACUUUGACUGUGUGCCCAUUCCAGACCAGUUUGUUGGCCCUGGAUACAUCGCGUGUCGUGUGUUCAUGUCACUAGCCAUAGCUUGCUGUAUCCUGAGUAUCGUGUUGACGUGUGUGUACUUGUGUGUGCCAAAAAUACACCACCGUCGCAAUGAGUUCCUGCCCAUACUUUCCUCGUCACUUGGGAUAUUUGCAGCUGUUUGUAUUUUGAUCGCCACCAUCGUCUGGGGUACACUGAUUGAUUUUGUCAUCAUCGAUCCUAACCACAGCUCCCAGCUCGGCUCCUCCUUCUACCUCAGUGUGGUCAGUGCCGGCUUCGUCCUUGUGGGCGGGGUCGCCGGCCUGUGCAGCAUGUUGUUUCGGCGCUGCUGGUAUAGGGGGAGCUACCAGCUGAUCCCAGAUUAGGGUUAGCUGAGGUGG